UUUUUUUAGCAUUUAAUAGCCAUGAAAAAGUAGCUGCUACUAUUAGCUCCGUGUAUCUUCACCCUUAGUGGCAAGUACAACCUGGAGUUUUGUAGCUGUUGCAGUUUAGCAGCAGGACAGCUACAGAUUCAAAGUCACUAUUUAGAAGGUUAUGGGAAGGAAAUAGAACAAGAGGCAGAAUUCUUUGUGUUUUGGCAGCAGGUUUAAUGUGUCGUUAUAAUAUCUCCAUUUUGUUUGAAUGCAGAGAUUUAAAGCCAGGAAAUAUACUCAUAGAUCAAGCCGGCUAUUUAAAAAUCGCAGAUUUUGGCAUGGGCAAAACAGGCAUUGGAUAUGGAGACAGAACAGGCACCAUACUUGGCACUCCAGCUUACAUGGCACCAGAGCUCGUGAAGGAGGAGCAAUACACAAGAGCUGUCGACUGGUGGGCUCUUGGAGUCAUCGUGUAUGAAAUGCUCCUUGGAACAAGACCCUUCACCGGAAAGGACAUCGACUACAUGUAUGAGUGGAUUGAGGAGGAUGAGCCACACUAUCCCGACUCCCUGGAACCACAAGCACUGAGCUUUAUAUCACAGCUCUUGAUGAAGAAUCCAGAGGAGCGACUGGGUUCUACCCAGGAUGAUGCAGAGGAUGUAGCUCAUCAUCCAUUCUUUAAUGUAAGUUCUCUGUCUCUAUUGUCAUAAUAAUUAUUAAUAUCUUCUGGGAAAUACCCCUGGGUACUAUCUGAGAGGUACAGUCUUUCAUAUCCUCAGCUUCUAAAAAUGGCCGUAAGGUGCCAUUUUCUGAAGAACUUUAAAUAACAAGCAUUUUUAUGGUGCCUGUUUGCAGAACACAGCCUGGGAUGACAUCAUUGAUGGGAAGGCAACAGCCCCGUUCGUACCCAGCCUCAACGGACCGGAGGAUGUCAGCUACUUUGAUGAGAAGUACACCAAGCUGCCAGCCAAUCUAACGCUGCCCAAAGGACCUUGUGCUGAAAUGGCAGAUAACAUCGAAGAAGCCUUUCAGGACUUCGACUAUUCAGCAUUUUAGGUCCUAAUGGGAUAAUAGGUAAGAAAGGGCCUGAGUUAAAAGACAAGUAGCACAAAUCAGAAGAAAAAAUGCCUAGCACGUUAAAGGUGCAAGGGAACUGAUCAGAGCUGGUUAUGGGAAUCAGGCACAUUGGGGAUUCUAUGGGAAUACUAAGGUGACCUCUGAGAUGAUUGCUCUGAUGCAUGAAAAAUAAUCACAAAAAAAUCCUGCACAAUAAAAAAACUUGUUAACAUAACAAGGUAACCAAUAAGGAGUGCAUCCCCUAAGUGCUAUAGAAUAUCUACAGGAAUAUCACUUAAAAAUGUGUGGAUUUAAUUCUAAGUUUAUUGUUUGGCUUUUGUAGGCUGGUCUCAGAAGCGUUUAGAAAUGGCACCUACCAACAGCUCCAUCAGCAGUUUCCAAAGUACCAAAUACUGCAGUACCACCAUUCAGGUAUCACCUGUUUAAGUAAAUGCAGUUCUAUCAGCAAUGACCCUUCCUCAAGCUUCAGGUGUUCAGGUAAAACCAUCAGUGCAUCUCCUUCUAUCCACCAUAUUUCCACCAGUCCUUUCAUCCAACUCUGUUCAACCAGCAGUGCCUCAACUUACAUCUGCUGUAAUUCCACCAUCCGUGCUCCCCUAAUUACACAGCAAUACCACCAGUAGUGCUCCCAUGCACUUUCACCAGCGGUGCCUCCUCUGACAACCACCGCAUUCCUACCAACGAUGCCCCCCCUGCCACCACCAGCAGGACCUCUUCUUUCAAACAGAUAUGGAAUCAUACACAGAAGCGCCCUCAAGCAUUCGUUAGACCCUGCAUUCCUUUUCACUCCAUCCAUCAGACUGCAGAAGCCGGGGUCUGCAGGCUUCCUGGGGUCCAAUGGAAUGGAAGGGAAUGCAGCAGCUUAAUGGCACUCAUGUGCAUGCUGCCAUAUCUUGGUUUCUUUAAAAACUGCCUCUUUUUCCUUCCUCUGCAGCAGUGUCUCCUCUUACACUCACUGCAGUUCCACCAGUGAUGUCUCACCUGCCACCUUCCGCAGUUCCACCACCAGUACCUCCUGUUUCAACCAAAAUCUGCCACCAUAAACAGGAACACUUCUUAAGCCACAUGCAGGGUAGACCCUGCAUUCCUUCUCACUCCAUCCAUCAGACUGCAGAAGCCGGGGUCUGCAGGCUGCCUGGGUUCAAUGGAAUGGAAGGGAAUGCAGCAUUCACCUAGCAGCUUAAAAGCAUUUUUGUUAUGCGGUCACAUCACUCUUUUUGCCUCCCUCUCUAUUCACUGUAAUACAACCAGCAGUCUCUCCCUUUAUAGUUUCACCAGCUUUGCAAUUUUUAUGUUAUUACAUAUGUUACAUUUACCCCAGUUCCACCGUUAUUAGUUAAUAAUAGAUUAAUUAUAUAUGAGUUAUCACCUCUUUCAUCCCAAUAUGGCACCAUAAACAGGAUCACCCUUAAGCUACACGGUAGACUCUCCUAUUCACUCCAUCCAUCAAACUGCAGAAGCCGGGGUCUGCAGCGAGGGAAUGUAGCCUUAACCCAGCAGCUUAAUGGCAAUCAUGUGUAUGCUGCCAUAUCCCUUUCCCUCACCACCACUGCCUCCCUUUCCUUUCACUACAAUAGCACCAGUAGCGCCCCCCCUUACACUCACCCCUGUUACACCCACGUUACCUUCUCUUUCAACCCAAUAUGGCACCAUAAACAAAAGCACCCUUAAGCAAACUCGGUCAGUCCUGAAUUUCUUUUCAUUCCAUCCAUCAAACUGCAGAAGCCGGGGUCUGCAGGCUGCUUGGAAGGAAAUGCAGGAUUCACCUUGCAGCUAAAUGGUGCUCGUGUGUAUGCUUCCAUAUUGCUUACUGUUUCCCCUACCCUUGGUUUAAUAGGGCGCAUUUGAUCCUGGGAGAAAUCCGAUUGCCGUUAAGGAGUCAGGAAGGAAUUUUUCCCUCUAAUGAAGCAGAUUGGCCCAAGCUUCCAGAGGUU